AUGUUCCUGGCUCUUCAAGCAAAGCCUGCCAAGGGGCUGGAGCCGGCGGAGGAGUUGGCGCCCGCCACAUCGCCUCAGCGUGACGAUGCCGGUUUCAAGGAGGACUCCAACAGCAUGGGUCAGUUGCUGACUGGUGCUCCGGCCCAUGGUCAGGCUGACUCGUUGCCCUCCUUGCCUGCUUCGUCCGAGGACGCCGGCAUCGUGGGCAGGUUUUUUGCGCACCUGGCAGCUGCGCUCCGGGUACGAAGCCCCAACGAGGUCGGCAGCGUGUGGAAAGGCUACUUGGAGUGCGCCCUGGAUGGAAACAACCCUUGGAAGGAGCUUGGAAACACACUACAGCUCGGGCCCAUUGGCAUAGCCAGGACGGCGGUCGUCGGCUCAGCAAGAGCCUCCCUGCGCGUCACGAAGCGCGCGCUGGGUUUUCAAAGCUGUCUCAACUUCGAAGCUAUGAACGAGCAGUACUGCCGCCAGGCCGAGAAGUUGGAAGCACUGAGACAUACUGCCGUGGGCUGCGCUCGAGAACAGGUCAGCGCUCUAGAGCUGGAGACACUCUCAGACCCAGAAGCUUUCCUCCGAUUCCUGGCGCAUGAUCCUGUCCGAGCAUUGCGGGCUACACCUGCGAUCUUGAAGGUUUACCAGAACACUGCUGGCCCAGCACAAAAAGUGCUGCUGUUCGCAAAGCUGAUGGGUUUGUCUGCCAUGGCCGGCGGCCUUCUCAGCGGUGACCCACAAGUGUGCGAGGCCUUUGAGGGCUCCUGGCCACCUCAGAACGCCUGGCAAAACUUCCUCUCCUUCUCCGAGAAGCUGGACGUGGACAGCCUGCCAUUGAACGAUGGAGGCGACGAGGUGUCACAAAGUCGGUCCGGAGAAGUCCAGGCAAGAGAGCACGCCUUGGCGCUGCUAACGCUGCAGCGACUCCACCUGGCAAGAGUGCAAUUGUUGGUCACCGCCGGUGCACCCGACACGGGGAAGACCACACUCUUUCGCGAGGUGUUCGGGCUCUCGCACCUGAAGGCUGGGCUCUCGGAGGACGCGCGGACAGAUGAAGUGCUCUGCAACCUGCAUCCCGCAGCGGAUCUGCGUUUCAGGCCUGUGUACCUUGUUGACACGCCGGGGUUCGGCGACGGUGCUCAGCUCCACCGAAACGACAUGUGCCGCCUGCUGCUCCACGUAGCCCGCGCUCUCGCCAGCAAUUUGCAGCUGCUCUGGGUGCUCCGAGCGGGCCGCCAUGCACGGGAUGAGGCUCAGCAAUUCGUACUGUCGCUUCUGCAAGCCACAUCGCGGCCCCCGCUGGUGCUGGUGACUCAUGUGGACAAGCUUUUCGAGGAGCGGUACCGCGAAGUCGGACCCCAAUGGCGCGACGGCCUCUUGCAGGGCGUGCCGCCCAAAGACCCACGUUGGCGGAGUCAGCGCCGGGUGCUAAUGCAGGAGCUCCGUGAUGAAAUCUCCGCAACGAUCCGAAGCAGUUUGCACCUGCAGGAGGCGGAGGACGUGGAAGUGCUGUUCACUUGUCAGGGUGGCUGGAUGGCGCGGUCCGACGAAGUGGAGGAGGACGAAUUUGCCGAAACUCCUCCGUGGCCCUGGGCUCGAACUGAGUUGACGGAGUUCUAUGGCAUCUUAGACCGGCGAGAGCUCCGCCAGCUCCUGGACACCCGAUUGGGCAUCUCGCCUCGGGCAGAUGCUGUCUGA